CUUCGACGACAGCAACGGCUUCGGCGCGAGUACCUGGUGCGAAAGUCUCACGAAGAGCAGAAGAGGAUAAUCACCGAGAAGAAGCAGACGCUGAAGAAGGCUCUAGAUGAACGCAAGCAAAUUCCCAGCAACCUGCGGAAGGUAGCCCUCGACCUGCAGCACACCCUGGACUGGGACGACCUCGCCUCGGAGCAGGUCACCUCCCACCAGGACGACGAGUACCGGUGGGCGGGCGUCGAGGAUCCGAAGGUGGUGGUGACCACCNCACAUUGUUUACACACAAAACUCUAACGCGCUUCUAUUUCGAAAUUCGAGGAAUUCAAACUGGUCAUCCCCAACUCGCAGCGCAUCAACCGCGGCAACUACCAGCUGAAGCAGCUGGUGGAGAGCUGCCGCGCCAACGCCGUCACCGACUUUGUCGUCCUCCACGAGACCCGAGGCGAACCAGAUGGCCUGGUGAUCUGCCACCUCCCUUUUGGCCCUACCGCCUACUUUCAGCUGCUGAACACCGUCAUGCGGCACGACAUUCCCGAAGUGGGCACCAUGUCGGAGGCCUACCCGCAUCUGGUGCUGCACAACCUCACUAGCAAGCUGGGCACCCGA